AUGACAAACAACUCCAUGCCAAUCUCAGUAUGCGGAGACUCAGAUUGCGAAUCCUCUUGGGACCACCAAACUAGCUCCUCUCAUUGUCCUCACCUUCCAUCGCUACCACCACCGACCACAAACCAACAAUGGCAGAAUCUCCCUCUUGCUACUCCACCCUCAAAGAAGCCACGUGGCAGACCUCCAGGCUCCAAGAACAAGCCCAAAUACACUCUCCCACAACCCUCCAUAAAGAUUCUCAUUGUCAAUGUCGCUCCAGGACAUGACAUCAUUGAAACCAUUAUUAACAUCGCUCGGCGCUCCCAUGUCAGCCUCUCCAUCCUUAGUGCCUCCGGUAUCAUCACCACCGUCACCCUCCGCCAUGUCCCCAGUGGUUCCUCCGCCGUCAUGCUCCAUGGACCCUUCAACUUACUUUCCCUCACUGGCUCCUACUUACACAAUAACCAAUACUCCCUUCUCCCCGGAGCCACCCCUCCUCGUUCCUUAUCCUUUGGCAUACACCUCUCCACCUCUCAUGGUCGAGUCUUCGGUGGCCUCGUCGGCGGUAGGGUCGUCGCCGGUGACGAUGUCAUUUUGACUAUUUCUACCUUCGAGAACCCUGAAAUUUAUAAAUACGGUUUUGAAGAUCAAGAAAGAGGUGAUCAUGAUGACAGUAACAUCAACAACAAUAAAACUUGUGACCAUAACCCUAGUAAUUUCAACAAGGGUGGCGACUUGCCAACGUAUAACUCUGCUAAUUUCGGAAUCCAUGGGUGGUGA